AUGGGAAGAUCAGUAGACGUCCUCUUUUACCAUACCUUUAGAGCUCUGGGAUAUGAGGAUUCUGACUUGUUACCUUCUGCGUAUACGUUGUAUGGAUUUAAUGGAGUGGCGACAAGUCGAAAAGGCGAGAUAUGCUUGGAAAUAUUGGCGGGAGAUUUGGAAAAAAAGUUUACUCUAUGUGUGAUAUAUGUGGAGUCACCAUAUAAUUAUCUUAUAGGUAGACCAUGGGUGCACGGAAUAAAAGGAGUUGCGUCCACUUAUCACCAAAUGAUACGGUUCUCAAUUCCAAGUGGAAUCGGCGAAAUACGAGGAAGCAGCGAAGAAGCCGAGAACUGCAACAAGAAAUAUGUUGAUAUUUACGAGAGUAAAGUAAAAAGGAAGAAGGAACGGAAGUGGAAGGUACUGGAGGUGAAGAAGGAUGACGAACUACGGGGUAUACCUGGCAAAGGCUAA